AUGAACAGUUACAGUCUAUUAACCAGACCUUUCCAUCAAUCAUCCAAACCACUUUUCAACCUAGCCAGUACCUUGCUGAAGGCUUCUAAAAGAACUCAACUGAGAAAUGAAAUGAUAAAACAGGGUCCUAAAAGGCCCACUUCUGCUUAUUUCUUAUUCUUACAGGAGCACAGAAGUCAAUUUGUCAAGGAAAAUCCGACCUUGCGUCCUGCUGAAAUUAGUAAGAUUGCUGGUGAAAAGUGGCAAAAUUUGGAAGCUGGCUUGAAGGAUAAAUACAUUUCUCAAAGACAGAAGUUGUAUGCCGAAUACCAAAAGGCCAAGAAGGCGUUCGAAGAAAAGCUGCCACCAAAGAAACCAGCUGGUCCUUUCAUCAAGUAUGCCAAUGAAGUUCGUUCGCAAGUACUGGCACAACAUCCUGAAAUGUCUCAAAUAGAUCUAAUGAAAACUAUCGGAGAUAAAUGGCAAUCCUUGGAUCAAAGUACCAAGAGCAAAUAUGCACAAGAGUAUAAAAAAGCUAUCCAGGAAUAUAACGCCAACUUUCCUCUCAACUGA